GUUUCCCCCUUCCUGGGGAGGUUGGUCUGCGCGUGCGCAUUGCCGUGACGCUGCCUCAGCCCUUUCCUUUCCUGUGCGGCGGGAGCUAGAACACACGUCACACAAUGGCUGAUGAAGUUGACUUCACCACUGGAGAUGCUGGUGCUUCUGCCACCUACCCAAUGCAGUGUUCUGCACUUCGCAAGAAUGGAUUUGUGGUGCUUAAGGGCCGCCCCUGCAAGAUUGUAGAAAUGUCAACUUCCAAAACUGGCAAACAUGGUCAUGCCAAGGUCCAUCUAGUUGGUAUUGAUGUGUUCACUGGCAAAAAAUAUGAAGAUAUCUGCCCUUCCACUCACAAUAUGGAUGUUCCAAAUAUCAAGAGGAAUGAUUACCAACUAAUCUGUAUUCAGGAUGGUUACCUCUCUUUGCUGACAGAAAGUGGUGAAGUUCGUGAGGAUCUGAAGGUGCCAGAAGGUGAACUAGGCAAAGAAAUAGAGGGGAAAUACAAUGCAGGCGAGGAUUUCCAGGUGUCGGUCAUGUGUGCAAUGAGUGAAGAAUGUGCUGUAGCCAUAAAACCUUGCAAAUAGGACCACCAGGAUGGGAGCCGUCGCUCAGGUCCCAGCAGCUGCAGAUCUUGUAUUUUAGUUCUGAUAAUCACCAAAGCUAUAACCUUCACUAGCAACCUCGUGUCUUUGUUUGAAAAUAGUGCUGACUAAUGUUGCAAGCCAUUUGGCAAUAUUGAAAUUGCUGAAGUUCAAGUGCUUACAGGAACGGCAAGGCAGUCAAAACUGUCAUUUUAGAUCACGAGGUAUUAAACUAGUUCGCUUUGCUCAAUGAGACUUUGUGUACCAGUGCCAAUCCCAAGGUAGUACUAAGUUUGGAUUUAAGGAAGUGUUCAAGUACAACAUUUUAAACAAAGUGAAAAUAACCAUUUUUAUCUCAAUAUGGUGAAUUGUGGCUUACGCUGAAUUGUGAAUAGUAGUUGAGCUAGAGACAAGGGAACUCGUGAUCAAAAUGCCAGUGCUGAAGGCCAUGUACAACAAACUGUAUGUCUGUAGUCUUGUUGGUCCACUCUUAACACAAGUCACCAUUUGCCUGUGAUGCAAACAUCCAGAAUAUUGGGUGCUUUCAUACUCUGGUUAAUAGUGCACAAAAGUGUGGGGCAGGGAGGGGGGAGGAAGAUUCACUAGAGGCCUUUGAUUUCAACAUGCAGUUCAGUCACUCUUCUGCUAGUUAAGAGAAGGGAAUGCCUCAAGUGUUUCAGUAAAAGACAUAAAUGGGUUUUUUAAACUCAGUUUAGUUUUGUAGCACAGGUAGACUUCAGUUUUUGUUUGAGUAGAACUUGGAGCAAAAGUACACGUACUGACUUGUAUGGAGGCUGAAUUUGAACCCUUUCCACCUAGCUGAAUUUAGGCCAUGAGAUGUCAAAAUCUAGUAAAAAAAGUAUAAGAGUGUUUUAUAAAUAUAGUAGCUUUGGGGGCUAGGAUAUACAGUAACUCUAAAUCUACUUGUGCAAGACUUAAUUAUUCUGAAUAGAUGCCUAAUAUAAUUGAAUCACUAAUAACUAGUCGUACAGCGUAUGAUCUUCCCUUUGCAAGAUCAUGCUUCUGCUUGGUGUUUGGAGGAAAGAGCCUAAUUACUUAAAUUUGCCUUAAAUGUUGGUAGCAACUGACUAACUUGAACUAAUGACUGUGGGUUGUUAUAACGUGCUUAGUUCAUUAUUGGCAGCUUUCUUUUUGGCAGGAUUUUGAGCUUCGGUUAGGAAAAUGGUUGCCCUUAAUCAGUGAAGUUGGACUAGAGGUGAAGAAUAAACUAUGUUGAGGUCUCUCAGUAGGCUAUAAAGUGAGUAUCUAUGCAGAGAAGGGGCACGAGAUAGCUUGAUCUGGCAAUAAACACUCUUGAAUAAAGCACAGUCUUGACAUAGUAGUAAAUUUUACUACAUGUUUCAUGCUCUAGGGCUAUUAGAAAGCUGAAGGAUUUCAGGAUAUUGGUAGAAUCUAAUCAUGAGAUCAUUCCUAAAUAGUUGAUUCCACAUUCAGAGUAGAAAUGGAAAGUCCAAAUUUGAAACGUGAACUCCAUUCGCUAAUAACAUUCAUCAUGAUUUAAUGCACAUUAUUACUACAGCUAUCUACCAAGCAUGAGCAGCUGAGAGGAGUAAACUGAUACCAUAAUAUUGGAAGAGUUUUGUUAGCAUCCUACUGCUUGCAUCACCUUAACAUGUAUAAUUAUAAUGUCUGGAGGCUUUUUGGCUUAACUGAAAUAUAUUAAAGUGCCCCUCCCCUCUUUUUUAAAAAAGGUGGUGUCUUGUAAUUUCAACUUUAUUUUUAGCAAUCUGGCAUCAUAAGUAAUCUAGGCUAGAUGGAAGGAAAUACAGCAUCUGCUGGGUAGAUCAUAUGUAGGGCACUGUUUCAUAUACAGCUGUGCAAUCAUUACUUCAGUUAAACUACAGUAUUCAAGACUAUAGCAAAGCCAUUUCACUUGUAGAGGGCAAUCUGUCUACAGACCCACCAGGUUUACAAUAAACUAAUUUUGUUAAUAAAAGCUUGAAAUGCUGUAUCUUUCAGGUACUUUGAGCUAUUUCAGGGUAAUCAUGUUUCUCUAUUCUAGAUGGUUCUUACUUUGUAGUUUAAAAAGUGAAUGCAAUUUGUUCCAAGAGCAAGCUCAAGCUCUUCUAACAAGCUGUUGGCCAAAAAUGAAGGCUGAACCACUCAUUCCUGCUGUUACGUUGUAAUGGUACCUGGUUUCUUGUUUUGGGUCCAUCUAAUGUUUUAUGGUUUUCCUUAAUGUGCUGUAGGUUUUCUUGCCUCAAAUGUUAGGGAAUUUUUAAAAAAGAAACCCAAAUUUACCUCUGUGUCUUUUUGUGUCUUUGUGUUCAACAAAACCACUGCUUAGUUGAGCCAUGACUUGAAUAUACUCUUCUCAGGGCUGCUCUUGUGAAGAAUUGAAAGAGCUUAAGUUGAUUAUUUUAACAAAGCUGCUUGAAAGUCUUACAGGGUUUUGUAUUCCAUAAAUGUAUAGCAUGCCUAGGAAGCAAGUAGAGUUCUAGUAUAUCAAACCGUAGUCUAAAGGAGUCAAACAUUGUGACCGAGCUACUCUAGUGACUAGAUGACAUGUUUGACUGCAGCAAGCUUUAAGUGUUGGAAUGUCGGCUGUGUCUGGGAACAUUAAUAGAAAAAGCUGUGCUUAAAUAUUUCAUUCUGUAUAAAGAAAAGAAAACUCAUUAUAUUAUAAUUAACAUUUUUCACUUUAUAGCUCAGACACUGGUCUCUGUGGCUUUUAUCUUCAUUGUGGUGUCUAGGCCUUCUAGAACUCUGAAUGCUUGUGAUCAGUAACUGUUACAUUAAAAACUGGAAAUGUUAAAGUGUGCAGAGAUAGGGUUUUUGUAUUUGUGACACAUGGUAGUUCAGACAAGUAUGCAAUAUACCUUCUGACUAGUGAAUGGAUGCAGUGUUCAUUAUAGAAGAGUGACUUUAAAAGCAAAACUUGAAAGGUUUGUACUUUUUUGCAUUUCUGUAAUAGUGAAGUAUUCAUAUGUUAAAGAGUUUUUGGCUUUUAACAAGUGUUUUAUUGAAAUGUUUGAAUUAUGACUUGAGUCACAGCAAGAAGAAUAAAGUUUAAAUCAAUC